GCAUGGAUGGAUGUAGCUCGUUGUAGCUUUGACUGAAUUCGCUCUGUAUUACCCCACCCCCCCUCCCGACUACACUGUGAUUGACUCUGCUGAGCUCCGAGACAGACAGAGGGGUAACUGUAGGAAACAUCACCUCCAGAACACUGCAGGAACACAGGCAGCCCAGGAUGGCCCGGGUGCUGUGCAGAGCGCAGGUCUCCUACCUGCCGGGGCUUCAGGUGUUGGUGCACCGUGUGUGUGCAGCCAGAGCCUCCUCUGCUGCGGGGCCCUCGGGACCCUCGGGCUCUGAUGUAGCCAUCCAUCCCUCCAGCAUGGGACUGCAGACAGUGUGGCCUGAUGAGAGCAUGGGGCCUUUCGGGCCCCAGGACCAGCGCUUCCUGCUGCCUGGUAACGUGGGCUUUGUCUGCCAGCUGGAGGGGUUAGCAGAGCAGAGGAAGGGCCCGGCACACAGGGGGGUCCCUGACCUGCUCUCGUCAAUGUCCAGCAUUGAGAGACAUGACUUCAUUCUGGCCCAAUGCAUCGGAGAGUUCUCUGUAAGUGUAUUAUUGCUAACAUUAGAACUCUCUCUGCACUCUACAUUACUUGUUACUUAACCAUUAUGUAGCUGUGUCAAACACAAUUGGAUCACUGCUCAAGACAAUGAAGGGC